AGGACAAAGGGAAAGCGAAGAAAAAGGGAAAUGGAAAGGAGAGAGGAGGUUGCUGUACUUUUUCAUGGAAAGACAGUGGCAAAUGUGUGACCACCUUUAAAAGAAGUUUCCUGAAGACCUAGAGAGAAGGAACUCCAAAAAAGGAAAGUAAAAGGUUAUGUUUUCCUUGUCCUGCUGUUUUGUCUCUGACUCCCUCUGUCUCUGGAAGAUUACCCACAGGACACAAAGAUGCCGAGCUGGUCUCUGCAUGCACAAGUUCAGUUCAGCUGGUGCUUCUCUCCUAUUUAGCACAACAGAUUUCUCUGAAGGGGUGGACUCACAGACUGACAACCCUUUAGAUUAACCUGAAGAGUGUGUGCCACCUCUCUCCCCAUCCCCAAAGCUUGUUGGAGGUGGAGGUGAGAGGAAAAUACUUGAAAGUGCCAAGGAGCUCCUGAUGCCAAAAGACGACAAAUAUUCUCGUGAGUGAAGUAGAACUGACUGAGAAGACUGAUUAUUUAUUGCUGUUUUCUAUGGUAGUUUCCUACCUAUUAGUGAAAACCCGUGUUUGGAGAUCUUUGAAAACACAAAAUAAAAUACCAGCCUCGAAGUCCCAGCCCCGUGGUUAGCUCUUAUGGGAAUGAAACACUCCUCCCGCUGCCUGCUCCUGAGGAGGAAAAUGGCGGAGAACGGUGCCGAAAGUACUGAGGUUUGCUCUGUCCCAUCCCAGACUCCUCAGCCUACUGUCGUUCCAAAGCCAGUUCAGUCUGUCGUACAUGUCCCAUUGCAACCAGGUUGUCCAGGCCGAGGCAAAAUGGCAAAGCUCCUCAGUCCAGAAGAGAUGACAUCCAGAGAUUAUUACUUUGAUUCCUAUGCGCACUUUGGAAUUCAUGAGGAAAUGUUAAAGGAUGAAGUGCGUACAUUAACUUACAGAAACUCAAUGUAUCACAAUAAGCAUGUUUUUAAAGAUAAGAUUGUCCUUGAUGUUGGAAGUGGCACAGGAAUCCUCUCCAUGUUUGCUGCAAAGGCAGGAGCCAAGAAGGUAUAUGGGAUUGAAUGUUCAAGUAUAUCUGACUACUCUGAAAAAAUUAUCAAGGCCAACCACUUGGACAACAUAAUCACAAUAUUUAAAGGUAAAGUGGAAGAAGUUGAAUUACCUGUGGAUAAAGUAGACAUCAUUAUCAGCGAGUGGAUGGGUUAUUGUCUUUUCUAUGAGUCAAUGUUAAACACAGUCAUCUUCGCACGAGAUAAAUGGCUGAAACCAGGAGGGCUAAUGUUUCCAGACCGAGCUGCUUUGUACGUGGUAGCAAUUGAAGACAGACAAUACAAGGACUUCAAAAUUCACUGGUGGGAGAAUGUGUACGGCUUUGACAUGACCUGUAUUAGGGAUGUUGCCAUGAAGGAGCCUUUGGUGGACAUAGUAGAUCCAAAGCAAGUGGUGACCAAUGCCUGUUUAAUAAAGGAAGUAGAUAUUUAUACAGUGAAGACUGAAGAACUGGCAUUUACUUCAGCAUUCUGCCUCCAAAUUCAGCGUAAUGAUUACAUUCAUGCAUUGGUCACCUACUUUAAUAUUGAAUUUACAAAGUGCCACAAAAAGAUGGGAUUUUCUACAGCUCCUGAUGCUCCCUAUACUCACUGGAAGCAAACUGUCUUCUACUUAGAAGACUAUUUAACUGUGAGACGAGGAGAAGAAAUCUAUGGGACAAUAUCCAUGAAGCCAAACGCAAAAAAUGUGGAAUCAGCUUGUAACAACACUUUGAGUGAGGGCUUGGAACAUAAAAUCUUCAAGAAAUACCUUUCUGUCAAGUUCAUGACUUCAUGAAUCUAGGACUUCAAGAGAAACUCUGCAUAGUAGUAGCAGAUCUGGGGGACCUUGGAGAAAUGUUGGAGAAAUGCUUCAUGAGAGCUGGCUAUCUUCUACAGGUAAGACUCAGACCCAUCUGCUGGUCCAGUAUAAUUGCUCAUGUGUCUUGCUACAAACCAGACUGACAGAUUGAAAUUAGAAUUAUCUGCUCUCCUUUCUCCUUUCUGUUCUCCUUCACUUUUCAUUUGUACUGUAUUUGGUUCACUGUGCACUUUUAGCAGAAUGGGAGGAGUGAGGGGAAGGUGGUAAGGAAAAACCAGGUCCAAAUAAGUCACCCCUGAGAGAUAAUGAAUGCUUUUUCAAUUGCAGCUGGACUGCUCUAUUGCAGAAUGAAAAUUCUGAACUAAAUUACACUAAAUUUGCAGGGCGAAACACAGUCACUUGCAUUUCCAUGAAUAAAUAUAAAACAAAGAUUGUGAAAUAUGGACCAACAUUUUGCUCCCUUAAAUUCCCUGAGGAUUAGUUACUGACUUCUAUGAUCUAGGGCCACUGUUAGCAUUGCUAUUAAGUCAGUAGAUUUUUAUCCUCGUUUUUAAUUCUUCAAGAGUUGUUGUUAAGAAAGUAAAAUGUUGUCCUUGGACUCACAUGUGUAUUUUUCUUAAUUUUCUCAUUUGGGGUUUGCUGUUAAAAAUGUGCAUAGCCAUUCAGUAUGAGUUUCAUUAAAAAAGAAAAAAGAAAAAAGAAAGAAAGAACAAAAAAAAAGAAAACUUAUCCAAAGAUACAACUGGUACUUAAUGAGAAAAUUGUCUACGCUUCUACCUAAUAUGCUCUAUGCUUUCAUGACACUUAUGCUGACACUUAUCCUAACUGAUAAUAGCAAUCUUUUACUCUGCUACAUAAAAAUACAGAGGUCAAACAGCUAAGAACUUAUGUCGUACAAAAGAUAUUCCACUUAUAUAUAUUACUUGUGCUACACAUGCAAACAUUUUCCUGGGCAGUACAUACAUAUUCAAUAUAUUCCCCAAAAUCAUUAACGUAGUAUUGUGCUUCCUUGCACGUAUUCAGUCUUCUUGUGGUGGUCAUCCAUGGACCCUCUGAAUGAUGUUAGUAGUGUUCCUCACUGUAUCCGUUGGUUGAAUCUAAUCUUCAUGGAUGCUCAGUUAGCCCCUUGUCUUGAUUGCACAAUAUUUGCUUUCACAAAAUCAGUUGAUUCAAAGCAGAACCUCCAAGUACCAAGUAGAUAAUACUUGGUACAAAGACACAGAUUAUUCCUCUUUUCUAAACAACUACAGGGUCAUCUAUCAAAAGGACUCUUCCUGUUUUCUAAACAAACUGCAGGGCUAUCCAUCAACAAGCAUUAGCUACCUUAACAACAUAGCUACAACUUCUACUACUGCAGUUCAUUGCAACAACAUUAAGUAUACUUGCAUUUUGCUAGUAGGUUUGUAUUUGGACAUAGACAUUCUUAGUCAUAUGAUGAUGAGGCAGUAACUGCUGAGGCAAGAGGGGAAAAUCUAAGGAAAUACUUGAAAAGAAUAAAUGAAUUAUCUUUUAGGGAGGUGAAAAGACCAGCUGCCCAGCUCAAGUGCCUCCACAAUAAUGCACACAACUUGGGAAACAAACAGGAGGAGCUGGAAAGCUACAAUGCUUCUAGAAAACCAUGAUUCCCAUGACUGGAGUGUGGAUAUUGACGCCUACAAGCUGUUCAGAAAGGACAGAUGAGGAAGGAGGGGUGGGGGGUGUUAAUAUCUACAUCAGGAAGGGAAUUGAAUGUGAAGAGUUGUCCCUAAAGUAUAGUCAUGAGUAAGUCGAAAGCCUAUGGCUGACAGUUAGAGACCAAGGCAGCAAAAGGAGCCUUAUGAUCAGUGUCUCCUACAGACCAUCAAAUCAAGCAGAGCCUGUUGAUGAGGCAUUCUACCUCCAGCUACAGAAGGUGUCAUGAUCUCAAGUGCUUGUCCUGCUGGGGGACUUCCACCACUGACAUCUACUGGAAAAGUAGCAGGCCAAGCUGUAGGCAAUCCACGAGGCUCCGGGAGUGCAUUGAGGAUAAAUUCCUGAGUCAAGGAAUAGAAGACUUUACCAGGGGGGUUGUAAUACUGGACCUUUUGCUCACCAGUGCAAAUGAACUGACUGGUGACAUCAGCACUGGGGGCUGCCUUGGCUGUAGUGAUCAUGCUAUGGUUGAGUUCACACUUCGGAGGGAUAUGAGACAGGCAAAGAGUAAAAUUAGGACCAAAAUUUAGGAAAACUAAUGAAUACAUUCCUGCUUUCUACCACAUCGUGGCUCAAGUCUCCUCAUCAUUUCUUCAGAGAUUCCAAAAGAUUUUGUUAAAUGGUUGCUUCUUUCCAUAAACUUCAGCAAAUCUGCAUUUGGACUCUCAAAUUCUAUUACUAUUUUAAGUACAAUUUGGUUAGAUAAUAAAGAACUCUGAAUAAUGUUAAAAGCCUGCUCCUCUGUAUUUCCCUCAUAUGUAUGUUAUUCAACAGAGAGUUUACCACUGUUUGAUAGGCAGAACCUAAGUGAAAAACUUUAUUUACAAAAUUUUGCUGAAAAAAAAGAAAAACAAUAAACAGAAAGGCAACAUUAAUGGACAUUCGUAAUAUGGAGGCAAAUUGCAAAGUUAUGAAUUUGCUGGACGUUCAGCAUUCCCAAAAUAAUAGAAGUCCUGAGGCAAUUUUUUUAAAACAGCACAUACUUCAACUUUCCAUUAUUUCUUGCUUUUUCUGUGGGAACAAAUGCAAGGUUCAUCACAGAAUCAGAGAACAGUACGUAAGAGUUCAAUCAGAUUAAUUUAAUUCCUAUGCAUCUCUUUAACUUAUCAGUGGAAUAUUACAAAUUUUAAUUAAAAUUUCAAUUCAUUAAGGGCAUUGGCAGUUUCUCUUACUGUACUUUUCAAAUAGCCAGUUUUGUUUCACCUGGAUGUCUUGGUGAGUGUUGAAGCCCUUGUCUAUCACAUCACAAAUGGGAAAGAACUGAUGCGCUUUUCCCAGUACAACAGGUCCUGUAUCCUAUUCUCCAGUCCUGUUCCUCUUUGUUUCUUCUGGGGGCAUAGGACUGGCCCUGACUCCCUGCCUUCUGACUAUCAUAGAAUCACAGAAUCACAGAAUUACAGAACAGCCUGGGUUGGAAGGGACCUCAAGGAUUAUGAAUCUCCAACCCCCCUGCCACAGGCAGGGCCACCAACCUCUCCAUUUAAUACUAGACCAGGCUGCCCAGGGCACAUCCAAUCUGGCCUUGAACAGGGACAGAGCAUCAACAACCCCUCUGGGCAGCCUCACCUCUUUCCAGCACCUCACCACUUUCUCUGUAAAGAACUUGCCCCUUGACAUCCAACCUAAAUCUUCCCUCCCUCAACUUCAAACCAUUUCCCCUUGUUCUGCUGUUAUUUACCCUUUCAAAGAGUUGAUUCCCCUCCUGUUUGUAGGCUCUGUUUAGGUAUUGAAAGGCUGCAAUGAGGUCUCCUCACAGCCUUCUUCUUUUCUCCAGGCUGAACAAGCCCAGCUCCCUCAGCCUGUCUUCAUAGGGGAGAUGCUCCAGUCCCUUGAUCAUCUUCGUGGCUCUCCUUUGGACCCUCUCCAACAGCUCCCUGUCUUUCUUGUACUGGGGGCUCCAGAUCUGUACACAGUACUCCAGAUGUGGCCUCACAAGAGCAGAACAGAGGGGAACAAUCACCUCCCUUUCACUGCUGGCCACCCCUCUUAUGAUGGAGCCCAGGACACCAUUUGCUUUCCGAGCUGCAAGAGCACAUUGCUGGCUCAAGUUAAGCUUUUCAUCCAUCAGGACUCCCAGGUCCUCCUCUGCAGGGCUGCUCUCAAGGACUGCUCCUUCCAGUCUGUAUGGAAGGAGCAGUCCUUGAUUGAUGGGAUUCCUCCGGCCCAAGAGCAAAGGCUUGCACUUUGCUGUGUUGAAAUUAGGUUCACCCGGCCCCACCUUUCAAGCCUGUUGAGGUCCCUCUGAGUGGCAUCCCUUUCUUCCAUCAUCAAUGUCACUGAAUAUUUUGGGAUGCUGCCAAUUCAUUUACUCACAAAUUCUGAUCUGAAAUCUGUGCAAGGAAGAAAAAAGUGUGCAAAUUAGACACUCUUAAUGAUACAUUCCACAAUCUCUUAGCAACCACCUCUUUAAUUUAAUUAGCCACAAAAGCUCAGACAAAUAUAAAGCUUCGAAGAAUAAAAGCCUUUUGAAAAUGUCUAUUUUUAAUUGGCUGCACGAAGGACAGCAAUUGGGAUGGUGACUGAGGAAGAGAGAGUCUGAAGGACAAGACAAAAAAACAAAAACAAAAAAACCUAGGUCUUAAAAGGAAUCUCAAUUUUUUUUAAUAAAAUCAAUUAUCAUGAACAAAAAGAAAGUGAGAAAAGUAGACAUACAAAAAUAAAUAAAUGAAUAAAGUCCCUUACAAGAUGUUCAAGUGGUACGCUUCUGACUGAUCAUCCGAACAGCACAUAUCACAACUUGCAGUACAUUAUGUGCAUAUGAUAGGCAAUGAAUGGAAGGUAUAUAAUGACUGAUGGAACUUGAGGAAUCGUCUAUGUGAACUGAAAUUUUAAAUCACUAAAAUUAAGAGAAAGAAAAUAGAUUAUGGAAUUCUAAAACAUCUUACGGCUUUGACUUCCACCUGUGAAACCCCUGGUGUACAUGGUGGUAAGAUUGCAUAAGUUAGUCACAUUCCAAAGAGAUUUUGUGAAAAUUUUUUAUAUCUUCUUCACGAAAAAAAAAAAAAAUAUGUAUUCAUGUUUGAGUAUAACUUUGAUCUUAAAAUGAUUCUGGGAGGUCUCACAUAAGUCUUUUUCCCUCCCAGAAUUUGCAGCAUCAAUACAAAAGGAGCAAAAAGCUUUCCCUAACACACAUGGUUAUGGUUCAAAGGUACUAUUGACGAACUGUGUUUUUCCAUGCCUCAUGUGACAUUUGGCAAGAUUCAUUGCAGGACCAUAAUUCAGUUAUCAUGUGGAUUAUUCUGCCCAUGAAGAAGUGAAACUGCUUCUGGCAGGUACUCAGCAAUAUCAGGCAAAAUACUUGCAGGUAGGACAACAGUCAUAUACAGAAAGAAGAGUUGAUGUCACCCAGCUGGUGAAGGAGACCACAGCACUCCUUCACAGAAGCCAGCCUAAAUCCAAAAGUCUCUCUUCUCCCUUCAGAGACUGGCCCCUAUAUGAGCCCAGCGUGGCUCUACCCCUUCUGGUGCCAUGGGGUGAAGAGAUGAAAACAAUUUGCCUGUGCUCUCUUGGCUAGGAUACCCCUUCACCAGGUGCUGAAUCACCAGUUCAAGUCAUGGCCAUACAGGUCAUCUACACUCCACCCUUCACAGAAUGAACAGUGAUUGGGCACAUUUGCAGGGAGAUGAGCCAUACAUUGAAUUACAAUAUAUAGAGUCAACAACUUGUGUUCAAAAUACGCAGACGUCUGUAAACAUUGAGUGCGUAGACUUUGUAGUUGUUGCAGGAUCACAUACAAGGUUUGUAGUUGUCACAGGAUUGCAUAUGUUGCAGAAUUUAUUCAGUGGAUGUUUCCAGAAUGUCCAGUUUGUUGAGGUUUUUUCCCCCUCAAGAAAGUCCACCACCAGGUGCCAUUGAGGAGCAGAAUGCUAUGAUGUCUCUUCAGCAACACUGGAGCAUAUCAGAGUUCAGAAAUGUUGCUCUUGCUGGUGGCUUUGUGGGCUAUGGAUUGCAGGGGGAGUAAAACAAAUGCUUAACCAGUACCAUAACAGGCAAGUCUGCCCUUUAACAUGCAUGCAGUAUUACAGUCCUGGCUCAAUAUUUCUGCCCAAACAGGGGCAUGCCCAAGCUGUUUGUACCACACCCUUUGGCCUGAAAUUGAUUGUUGGAUGAUUGUAUCAGGCAUCAAAGGGAGGAUUUUUGACCUGGCAGAGCAACCCAAUUAGUGCUCCUUUCAUAAUGAAAAUUCAGGUUUGUAUUAUAAUAUCUGGGAUCCAUAUACCAAUUACUUGUGGAGUUUCCAAACCCUCCUUUUCUACUAACAUCCCCCAUGGUGCAAGUAGGCUGCAUCACUUCAGUCCUACCUGCACCUCCCAAGGCCACUUUACCUUAUGGGUCCCUGGUGCAAGGUCUUCAGAAGCAGGCAGCAGCAGAUUAUUUAGCAUCCUAACUUGGGGUUUCAAGCAUACAUCAUUUCCCUUAAUUUGGAUCCUACGCAGAGCACUGGGUCAACCAUCUUUGGGUCUUUAAUUUAAACCUCUCAGCAUCUCAUACAGUUUUUUGCAGUCCUCUACAGGGACUGGGAGUCAGUCUUCAGAGUGGCCUUUAGAAUGCCAUUAUACUGCUCUAUCAGGCCCACUCCCAGUGGAUUAGAAGUCAGAUGGAAUCAUCAUUUGAAGUUUUUUACUCAGCCCACUUCCGUGUCAUUCUACCCAUAAAAUGUGUUCCUUGGUCACUCUCAAUGACCUGAGAAGUACUGCAUGUUGCUAUCAAUUUGGUGAGUUCCUUGAUGGUGUAGGACUGAUUUGCACAAGGUACUGGAUAGGCUUGCUGUAUCAACACAGGUUUGAGUGUUCCUGGUCCCUUCAGACCUGAGGUAGAGGGAACUAUAUAGACAACCUACCAGCUCUGCAAGGGAUUGUGUCCUCUGGCAAGGUGAGCUGUCAUCUCUAGUAGUGGUCUUGGUUGCAUUCUGGCACAGGCUUCAUAGCUGUGACAUACCUGGACAGGUGUGUCCAAUAUCUGAUAUUUGGACAGGCAUUCUUCAUGCUUUUACUACUGCCCACAUCAACUUUUGUCUGGCAUGUCACAACUUCUUGUAUAACUGGUGAGCAGCAUUCUGUGCUGGUGAAUCUUCCAGCCACCUUACCCAAGCCACUAUGUCAGCUUCAUAAUUUCCAGGUGACUACAUGAGCUGAUACCCAGAUACAUGAUAAGCAUACAUUGUACUGUGCUGUGUGGUAACUCUUGAGUCACAGCCUGAACCACUAAUGGAGCACCUGGAGAAAGGAUGUGGGCAGUCCUGGGAGCACCAGUGAAGGCUAUUCAUUCGUGUGACUGGAAGGGAUGGAGUCUGGCUCCACCUCCCUUAGCCCAUUUAAGGGCUGACUGUCACUCUGGAUAAAUCUCUGUCUGGAGAUCCCUCCUUUGUGGAAUUUUCCCUUAUGAGCCUAGAUCUUCAGAGGUGGGUGAGUAGUCCUUUUUCUUUCCUUUAUAGCAUCUUUCUGUUGUGCUAGUCUCUCUGUCAUUAUGCUUCUUGUAUCACCUUUUCAUCAUGUUGGUCUUUUUGAUUGUUAUAUGUACCUAACUAUAUUCCAUAUAUCAAUCUACGUGUCUUGGCCCCAGAUUGGUUGGGCAUAGAUACUAGAGUUCUGAGCAGCCCACUGUGCAAUCCAAAGUGUGAGUUCUGGAUAGACAGCCCAGUUAUCUGUGCAGAUGUUCAACAUUAUCACCACUUACUUAUGGAGUUACUGAUGCCUGCUCUUCUACUUACAUGCUAGAUAUGUUAGUUGAUGCUGCCCACAGAUGCAGUUGGUGCCCUGUCCCUGAAAACUUUCAAGGCAUGGCUGGAUCAGGCCCUGGACAAUCUGAUCUAGCUAUGUAUGUCCCUGUUUAUUACUGGGGAAAUGACUUUUAAAGGUCCCUUCCAACUCUAAGGAUUCUAUGAUAAUAAUAACUAUAAUGAGAAAAGAAUAUAUAAACAAGCAAUACACAGUGCAAUUACCACCUGGUGACUGGGCAGAUAGUGAUAGGACAAGAGCGGAUGGUUUUAAACUGAGACGGGGAGGUUUAAGUUGGAUCUCAGGAGCGAGUUUUCCACUUAGAGGUGAUGGCACACUGGAACAGGUUGCCCAAGGAGAUUGUGGAUGCCCCAUCCCUGGAGGCAUUCAAGGCCAAGCUGGAUGUGGCUCUGGGCAGCCUGGUCUAGAGGUUGGUGACCGUGCACAUAGCAUGGGGGCUUGAAACUAGGUGAUCUUCGAGGUCUUUUUCAACCCAGGCCAUUCUAUAAUUGUAUGACUGGUGACUGGUCAGUUCCCAAGCCAUAGUAACCCCCUGACCAAUUCCCUUGAUUUUAUUGUUGAACAUGAUGCUUUAUGGCAUGAAAUAUUCUUUUGGCCAGUUUAGGUCAGCUGUUCUAACCAUGUUUCCUCUCAGCUUGUGCAUUACCAGCCUCCUCACUGGCAGGGCAAUAUGUGAAGCUGAGUAGUCCCACAGUUAGUGUAAGAACUGCUUAGUAAUUAAAAUACUGCAGUGUUAACAACAUUGUUUUCAUCCUAAAUCCACAACGCAGCACAAUAGCAGUUACUAUGAAGAAAGUUAACUUUCUCCCAGGACAUCCUGUAAGAAGCUGUGAGUGUAAAUUGCUGUAAGUUUACUGUUAUCUUUUCAUCACUGUAUGAAAUGCUGAGUCAUGGCCUGAACCUCUGAUUGAUCACCUGAGGUGAGCAAUGAGUCAGUCACAGGAGCACAGGUGAAGGCAAUUCACCUGUGCUACUGGAAGGGGUGGAGCCUGGCUCCACCUCUCCUAGACCUACUUAAGAGCUGGCUACCAGUGGGGAAGGAGCUCUUCUGGAGAUUCACUCUGCUGGAGUUUUGUAAGUGAGCCCAGGAUAGGGGUAAGCUUUCUGUUUGUUCUCUUUUUACUAUCAUAGUCUGUUUUGCCUAACUCUCUUGUUUGUUUUGUAAUUAUAACAUCUUAAUAUUCAUUGAUUAUACAGGAUGCAAUCCUCAUCAGCAAUGGCAGGUUGAUUACAUCAGGCUUGGUCCAAGGGGGCAAGAUAUGCCCUGACCUGUGUUGAUACUGCAAGUGGACUACUGCAGGCCUAUCCAGCACCGAAAGCAAACUAGACAUAUACCAUCAGGGCACUCACUAAAUUGAUGUCUGCCUAUGGGACACCUUAAGUCAUUGAGAGUGACCAAGAAACUCAUUUUAUUGGUGCAACGAUACAGCGCUGGGCAGAAAAAAAUAACAUUGAAUGGCGAUUCCACCUGCCAUAUAAUCCAAAAGGGGUAGGCCUCAUUGAGUGUUAUAAUGGUAUUCUUAAGGCUGCCCUGAAGACAGACUCUCACUCCCUGCAGGGGUGGAUGAGAAGACAGUAUGAAACCUUGCGGGACCUGAAUGAAAGACCCUGAGAUGGCAGACCCAGUGUCCUGAGAAUGUUGCAGGCAACAUGGGCUGCCCUGCUUAGGAUCCAAAUUACGGGCACUGAUAAUCAGGUAAGACCCCAGAUUGGUAAUGGAAAUAAUCUUCUGUUCCCUGCCCCCGAGAAUUUUGAUCCAGGUUCCCAUAGAAUAAAAUGGCCUUGAAAGGUGCAGGUAGGACCUAAGUGGUGUGGCCUAUUUGUAUCUUAGGGGAGAUUGCUGGACGUGGGAGGCUCAGUAGUCCCUCUGGUAAAUGGCCUACUGAUAUUGUGGUCAACACUCUAAUCUUCAUUGCUAAAGGGACCCCCAUCAUGUCCAUGAAUGUAUUCAGUUGUCAAGGCUCAGCUGACAUGCACCAACUGUGCAUAAGUAUCUUGAAUUUGUAUUUCUAUUUUUCUAAUUAGGUGAAUCUAAAGUAGCCAUAAAUUUGUCUGAAGUUUUUUUUAGAGAGAAACAUAUUUUAGAAGCUUUUCUUAAAGGAACAAAACCUGAGUCUGAUCCAGCAUGACUGGCACAAUCUGGAAAAAACUCCAACAGUGCCCAAUUUGAAUUAUUUGCAUCUGAAAUAUAUGUUGUCUCCAGAGUACAAGCCUAGCCUUUGCAUGAAGGUGAAGGCAGAUUACAAGAAAAAUUGAACUUCUGAUUCUCUAUUCAGCUUCUAAAGUAGAAAUGGCUCUGAUCACGUAGAGCAAAUCAGGCAGAAUCUAUCUAUUCUGACAUAGCCUGGUUUGUUCAGCCAAUAGGGAUUAGUAUAUUACUUUAAGGACCAACAUAUUACUUUAGCAAAAGGAAUCAAUGAGUGCUAAUUCUUAAACUUUCAACUUUGAUGUGUGAACAACCUUGUUUUCUCUCAAUUCUGCUUCAUAAGAAGCUAUCAUAACAGAUUACUUAUCUGCAUUUUGCCACAUGCAUGGACAUUUUUCUCAGAUUUCACAUACGUUGCUUUGGAUCAUUAUGACCUAACGAAUGGAAAUGUGCCACUUUGGUGGAAAAACAGUUAUAGGUCAGCCAAAAGUCUUAGUGAUGGUGGAAAAAUGGAGAUUAAGGAAGUAGGCGUACAACCACCCUAGGUUCUGAUGCACAUGCCCAGAGGGACACUACCGUGUGUGAGUUCUUGGAGAAGAAUGAAUAUGCAUGCCAAUGUACUGCAUAUGUCUUACCUGUUUAAAUGCAGAAACUGAACUCUGAGAGUGCAUCCUUGUUUGUCAAGUUGCCCAGUAAGUAUCAUGAGGAAUAAAGGAAUGCUACUCUCUAACACCACAUCGGAGUUUGGAUUUUGGAUGACAAUUUUGUAUUUGAUUCCUAAUCAGUACUUUAUACCUCUUAAAACAUACUAUCUUUCAAGAAAUUCAAGGUACAGUUCCUCAUACUUGGGGCAGUGGCUUUCCAUUAAGUUCUCUUCCUUUCCAGAGUGAUUUAUUUAUUAGCUGUGUGGCAGGACAUUAAACUUCAGGUAUUUCAGGAAAAGGGAAAUAUAAACUCCUAUUUUCAAGAAGGGGGAAAAAAAAAAUCUAAAACUACAGGCUGGUCAUUUUCGCCUCUGUGCCUGACAAGAUCAUGGAACAGAUCCUCCUGAAGGCCCUACUGAGGCACAUGGAAAAUAAAGACAAGAUGAUUGAUGGUAACCAACAUGGCUUCACCAAGGGCAAGUCAUCCCUGAUAAACCUGGUGGCCUUUUAUGAUGGAGUUACAGCAUCAAUGGAUAAAGGAAGAACAACUGACAUCAUUUACCUGGACUUGUGCAUAGCAUUUGACCCUGUCCCACAUGAUGUUGUGAUCACCAAAUUGGAGAAAAAUGGAAUUGAUGAAUGAGAAUAAGGAAUUGGCUGGAUGGCUGCACUUAAAAUACUAGGGUCAAUGGCUAAGUGUCCAAGUGGAAAUCAGUAAUGAGUGGCAUGCCUCAGGGAUUGGUUCUGGGACUGGUAUUACUUAGCAUCUUUGUAGGCAACAGGGACAGUGGGUUCAAGUGUACUCUUGGCAAGUUUGUAGAUGACACCAAGCUGGGUAUUGCCGUUGACAUGCUAAAUGGAAGACGUGCUAUGCAGAGGGACCUGGGCAGGCUUGAGAGGUGGGCAUGUGCCUCUUAAAGUUCAACAUGGUCAAGUGCAAGGUCCUGCAUCUGAGUCAGGGCAAUCCCAAGCACAUAUACAGGUUGC